ACAGAAAUUCUGUGUAGUCUAUAUUUCUAUGUAAAAUAUCAAGAGGUGUUUUGCGGAAAAGAAAUUUCCAGAUAUUUUCCACCACAAUGGACAAUGCAGCUAAAGAAAGACUUGAGCAGCUGAUUGAUCGUGCAACAAAUCCAUCAUCUUCGGAAUUGGAGAUUUCUGCGAUGGAUGCCUUCUGUUAUGCCAUCAGGAGUGACCCAUCCCUCUGCACUCUGGCCACAAAGCUUCUGGCUGAGAGGAUACAGUCAUCAAACAAGAAGGAAUCGCUCUAUGCCUUGGAAUUGUUGGAGGAAUCCAUGGCAAGGUGUGGAGAGGAUUUCCGAGCCAAAGUGGGAACUUUUAGGUUCCUCAAUGAGUUGAUAAAGCUCGUCUCGAGGAAAUACAAUGGAGAUUUUACUGAUAAGGAGAUUAAGGAUAAGAUUCUGGAUCUGAUGUUGCUGUGGACGGUGGAUUGGCCGUCGGAGACAAAGAUUCAGGAGUCCUAUGAUAUGCUGCUGAAGCAGGGCAUUAAGCAUGAACCUAUGCAGGGUAUCAAGCCAAAUGUAGCACCAGCAAAACCUCCGCCGAAAGCGAAUAAGCCUCCGGAGGAUCCUAAUACGGUAAAGUUCCAGCAAUUGCUGUGCAGCAAGAAUCCUGCGGAUAUCCAGGCAGCACAACUGAUGAUGGUGAAUAUGGUGAAGGAGGAAGAGAAGAAACUGCGGAGGGUGAAAGAAUUGGCCAGGGGGAAGGCCAAUGUAGAGUUGCUGAAUGACAUGAUUGAUCAAUUCAAUUGUGACGAUACCUCCAUGGACGAUUGGGCGUUGAUCAAUGAGCUCUUUGAGAACUGCAAGGAAGUCCAGCCGACAAUAAUGCUUCUGGCUCAGGAACAGAAUCAAUCUGAGAAGGUUAUGUGUGAUGCUCUGGAUACCAAUGACCGGCUGCACCAAGUUGUGGAGAAAUUCAAUACUUUGGUGCUGAAAAAGGCUCCUGAAGGACUUGUUCGGGAUCAAACAACUGCUGCAGCUUCCAAUUUGGACUCACUGAUUGAGAUUCCAAUGCUGGGAGCCGAAGCGGCCAAAGUCGAGGAGACUUCGUCAAAAGGAUACGAAAUGAACGAACUUAACGACAUUUUCAGUGCAAUUCAGACAGAUUCGGCCCUGGAAAAUCCACCAGUUCUGGACAGUAACAAUAUUCUCAAGCCUUCGCCUGCGAUGGAUAAGUCAGAAGAUCUUUUGCUACUCCCGGACUCUCCCAUAAAACCCUCAAGCCAGGAUCACAAGAAAACCGAACAGAAACCUUCCGGAAUGUUUCCGGAAAGGAAAACCAUUGACAUUGAUAGUCUUGUAAAUGAAAUGUUGAAACCUUCGAGCUCGCCAGCUAAAAUCCCCGAGAAACUUCCGGACAUUCUCGAACAAAUCACAGUAGACAUUGAAAAAUUGCUACCGGACGAAAAGAAAGCUCCACGGAUGGUUCUGGACCAAACAAAAGGCCUGAAGGUGCUGCUCAAUUUCACUCGGACGCAUCCAAAGCCAAAUGUCGCGGUGAUUGUGGCUACAAUUUCCAACCAAUCAACAGAAACCAUCAGCAAUAUUCAUCUGGAAGUGGGUAUUUCCACAACGCCCCCAUCCGUCGCUCGUCUGAAGCUUCUAGAACCCUCUGGAACAUCCCUGGCAGGCGUCAAACCAUUCCGAUCGGCUGUUGAGGACAUCACUCAGGUGAUUCUCAUUGAAAAUCCCUCCCGGGAAGACCUCAGCCUCCUCUGCACUGUUAAAUACAAAGAAUCCUCUGGUCCGGACUUCAACCAGUCAAUUAAAGUGGAUCACCUAUCUCAUCUGUUGGACUAAAAUAGAAAACCAAUUCACUUCUAAGGUAUUUUUAUUGUGUCUCUCUUUUGAGUUUCUCAUGGUGUGACUUAAAAGAACAUCGAGAUGAAGUAUGUAAAAAAAAAAGCGUCUCACUUUGUAUCAUAAAAUCACAUAAAUGAUAAGUUUCCUGCAUGGGAUCCAGCUACUGGACCACUUCGUCCCGGAACGCUAAAGCUGUGAUGGCACGCUGAUGUCCAAUGUACUCCCGGUCAAUUUCUCGCGUACUAAUAUUCCACAGCCUCGCAAUUCCGUCCGACGAGGCUGUGAAGAGGUACUGAGAAUCAGCACUAAAGGCAGCAUCCCAGAUCCAGCGCUUCGUGUCGAUCCGUAAUUCACGGUAGAGCGUAAAGUCGCUGGUAUUCCAAAGUUUAGCCGUGGAGUCGGCAGAAGUCGUCAGCAGAAGGCUGAAAUUUUAGUUCAAAAUUGCAUCUUUAUUUUAUUUUUUUUUUCUUAAUCUCAGCUUCAAUCUUGCUUUAGAUAAAACCUACGGAAGUAUUUUCAAUUUACUUAAUUCAUUUAAAAAUUUUAAAUUAUUCUAUAUCAUUAUGAAUUUAAAGAAAAUUUGAAUAUGCUUAUGUUUUGCUGUCUUAAAUAUUAUACUUUCGCAAUAAAAAGUUCCAUUUAAACAAUAAAAA